AUGAACAAGAGGACGGGGCAGCCCAUGAUAAACCUGUACAUCGACAAAGAGACCGGCAAGCCCAAAGGUGACGCCACCGUGUCCUACGAUGACCCGUCUACUGCCAAAACAGCUGUGGAAUGGUUUGAUGGGAAGGAUUUCCAGGGGAGCAAGUUGAAGGUGACCCUGGCACGGAAGAAGGGCCCCAUGAACAGCCUGAGGGGCGGGAUGCCCCCCCGGGAGCAGCGGGGAAUGCCCCCCCCUCUCCGAGGAGGAAUGUCGUCCUGCUCUGGGCUGACUGGUGUUUGUACCCAGGGGCUGUGGAAACCAGAACUUCGCCUGGAGAACGGAGUGGUUCCCGAUAUCUCCUGGGCCUUCUCCCACCGCACAUGGCAGAGCUGGAUGUCCCAGGAUAACGGGGGAGGGUACACCCGGAGCGGGCUGUGCUGCCCUGGGGUCGCUCUGAGGGUCUCUCCUCCCCCCCAGGCGGUGACCGCGGCCGGGGCGGCCCCGGGGGGAUGCGCGGUGGGCGCGGCGGGGGCCUCAUGGACCGAGGGGGCCCCGGGGGGAUGUUCCGAGGCGGCCGCGGCGGAGACAGAGGCGGGUUCCGAGGAGGCCGCGGGAUGGACCGAGGAGGCUACGGAGGAGGAGGCCGGAGAGGAGGAGGUGGAGGAGGCGGCCCCGGGGGACCCCCCGGCCCCCUCAUGGAGCAGAUGGGAGGAGGAGGCAGAGGACGACGUGGAGGGCCGGGAAAGAUGGACAAUGGACAUCCAGGUGGACACCUUCCUGGAGAGCCUGGAGACGGGCUGUCACCUCUGCCGCCACGCCAACAACGUCAACCGCACCGCCCUGGACUUCCAGGAGCGGCACCCGGAGGCGGCCGCCCGCAUGCGGGUGCCCCAGAACGAGGUGGUCUUCCAGGCCAAGAACGUGGUGCCCGGCUCCUUCAUCGCCAGGGAUAACGUCUCCAACUUCAUCCAGUGGUGCCGGCAGGACCUGGGCAUCCAGGACGUCCUCAUGUUUGAGACCAACGACUUGGUGCUGAAGAAGAACGAGAAGAACUUCGUCCUCUGCCUGCUGGAGGUGGCCAGGAGGGGCUCCAAGUUCGGGAUGCUGGCGCCCAUGCUGAUCCAGAUGGAGGAGGAGAUCGAGGAGGAGAUGAGGGACCAAAUGGGCGACGGCGCGCUGGGCACGCGCCGGGAGAGCCGGGACCCCCAGGCGGGCGCCUUCCCCAGCCGGGCCCGGCCCAUCACCCUCUGCGACCUCAAGAACCUGGACGAGCUGGUGCGGGAGAUCCUGGGCUGCUGCUCCUGCCCCUCGCAAUUCCCCAUGGUCAAGGUGUCCGAGGGGAAGUACAAAGUGGGAGACUCCAACACGCUCAUCUUCGUCCGAGUGCUGAGGAGCCACGUCAUGGUGCGUGUUGGUGGCGGCUGGGACACACUGGAACAUUACCUGGACAAGCACGACCCGUGUCGCUGUGCUGCUCUCUCUCACCGCCUGCCCCAGCCCCGUCCCCCGGGCAUGUCCCCCCAAAAAGCAGCCCCCUCGUCCCGCGCCUCCAGCCCCAGCACCCCCCGGCGCCCCCGCCCCGCCGGGCCCCCCCCCGCCGGGGGGGACAGUGGCCACGGCAGGACCGAGCGGGGCCACCAGCCCAGGGGGGCCGGGGACCCCCCGAAGCCGCCCAGGCAGGAGUGUUUGCCCCCCCGGGGCGGGGCGGCCCCCCCGUCCGGCUCCAACAGCCCCUCCCGCAACCCCGCGGAGCCCCGCGGGACCGGCACGGCCAGCCCGGACCCCGCGCCGGGGUCCCCCCGCACCCCCCGCGCCGCCGGGUCCCCCCGCGGGUCCCCCCGUGCCUCCCGCAGCCCCGGGCGCGGCCCCGCUCCGCUGCUGCUCAUCCGCCGCCGCCCCGACGGGCAGCACUCGUGGGCACGGCCCGAGCCCCCCGCCGCCGGGGGGGCGCCCGGGGGUGCUCCCGGGGGGAGGCGAGACCCCCGGCCCGGCCCCGGGGACCCCGAGGAGCUGGCACGGAGGCUGCGGGCCCCGCGCUGGCUGGAGCCCGGGCAGGAGCAGCGGCUGUUCCAGCGGCUGGAGGAGGAAUUCCUGGCCAACACGCGGCUGCUGGAGCAGCUGGGGGACACCGAGAGCCCCCCUGCGCCCCCCGCCACCGCCGACUCGGCUUAUUGCUCCUCGUCGUCCUCGUCUUCCUCCCUCAACGUGUUCGCCAAGCACGGGCUGCCCGCCGAGGACGGGCGGCGGAGCGGGAACAGCGACGGGAAUAACAACAACGGGAAUAACGGGAACAACAACGGGGUGUGCCCCCCGCUGCCGUCCAACCCCACCAUGGGGGAUGUGAGGCGCCGCUCCACCUUCUCCAGCUCCUCCGACGAGAGCUGCUGCUUCCCGGCCUCCUGGGACAACCGGGAGACCCCCGGGAAUCCCGGCUCUGACACCGACUGGCCGCCGGGGGAGGAUGAGCUGCUGGAGAUGGAGGAGACCCCCCUCGCCCCGGGGGUCUCCACGCCCCCGCGGCGGCCCUGGGCCAAGCCCCGGCUGGACACGCAGCCCCACAAGGCGCCGUCCCGGAUCCCCACCCCGAGGGGUUACGGGGCCGGGACCCCCCGGCCCCACAACGGCAGCCCCAAGGCCUGGGGGGCUCUGCAGAGCGUCUUCUCCUCCCUGCUGGAGCCCCCCUGGACCCCGCGGGAGCGCGAGGGGCUGGAGGAGGACACGUGGCCCUGAGAGGUCCUGCUCGGUGGCCUUGGCACCCCUGGGGACAUCCCGGAGCGGCCACUGGAGGUGGCACCUGUGUGGAGAGGUGAUGGAUGUGGCCCGGGGGCGGGCAGGACGCCUUCACCCGGAACUGUUGGCAGUGGGGUGGGCCCUGCAAGGAGCCCCCGGCCCCAGCCAGGCCC